AUGGAGGAAAGCGCCCCCGCAGUGACUCCUGUAGACACCACAGCAAGGGUUAGCAGGUCCUCAAACCUGCAACGAAUUUCAUGCGGGUUCAUAGCGGCCCUACUAGUCGUGAUCGUCUACCUAAGCCUUAUAACUCUUAGAUACUGUCAGCUUCCCUCUACUUUUGAAAAGGUACUACUUACCUGGGCGUCCCGGCCUCGCGUGGUUCAUGUUGAACCUUCUCCAUGUCCAAAGUGUCCGGAGUGUCCAAAGUGCGCUAAAUGCCCGGAGUGUGAGAAAUGUAAGCCAUGUGUACCUGAGGUGCAGACACUUGUUGUUCCGGUUGAGACCGACCCGUCCUUGUGUCCAAAGGGUCUCAAGCAUUGUAGUGUAUGUUAUGAUGGUGUCUGCCUUGCGUGUCUUCCUGGGUACAGUUCACCGGCAAUGGGAUGCUUUGUUGAAUGCCAUGAAAGAUGCAAAGUCUGUGAUGCUUAUGAUCCAACACACUGUAUAGAGUGUCUAGAUUCAGCCAUUGGCGAGCCGCCUGACUGUAUAGACACAACAAUAUGCCCUCCUUCACUGUCCCAUUGCGCCAAGUGCCAAAGUAAUGAAACGUGUUUGGCGUGCCUGGCGGGAUAUUCAGGACCGGAAACGGGGUGCACGACACAGUGCGAUGCUCGAUGCGCGGAGUGCAGUCCUGGUGAUUCUCGUCACUGUACCGUCUGUGCCAGUGCUACAGCAGGAGAUCCUCCUCAUUGCUAUCCUGAAGGUGUUUGCGAUCCUGAAUUAGAGGACCUCGCCAACUGCAUGGAGUGCAGUCGCACUCAGUGCCUUCGCUGCAAGGCUGGUUAUGCGAUGCCUUCGUCGCAGUGUAAGGUGCGCUGCAGUGAGCACUGCUUAACGUGUGAUCAGACAGAGCCAUCUGUCUGCACUGAGUGUGCUAGUGCGUCUGCUCAUCUUCCUGAGUGUCUUCCCUAUGGUCAGUGUAGUACCAUUGAUCCUAGCGUGUCCAAUUGUGCGACCUGCGACGGAUCAGCUUGUCUCACGUGUGUACCAGGCUGGUCUGAUUCUAUGUCCAAUUGCAGCAAAAAGUGUGUCGAUUCCUGUGCCGCUUGCGCCGAUGUAGACUUUGCCGCAUGUACAAUCUGCAAGGAUGAGACACGCUAUCCUCCUCUCUGUCUUCCUCGUGGUGUUUGCGACCAAAAUGACAAAGAGCUCCAACACUGUAGUGAGUGUGACGGAAGCACGUGCACAAAAUGUAGGGAAGGAUUCUCAGGACCUGAGAAGAGGUGUUCAAUCAGGUGCUCAUCUCUUUGUAAGGAUUGUAGCCCACAUGAUUCUACUGUCUGCCUCACCUGCGCAGAUAGUAGCCGGUAUGCUCCUAAGUGUCUUCCUUAUGGAGAGUGUGAUCAGUCUGAUGCUAGCCUUCAGUUUUGUGGGUCUUGUAACGGAAUCGUCUGUUUAUCGUGCAAGGACGGUUUUACAAAUCCAGCCAAAGAAUGUACAGAACAUUGCUCCAAGUUCUGCGCUACGUGCCAUCCGCUAGACGCUUCUAGCUGUGUUACUUGCACGUCUGAUGCUGCCACACCUCCUCGAUGCCUCCCUCCAGGUCAAUGCUUGGACGCGGAGAAAUACAAGAACUGCAAGUCAUGUAUAGAUGAGAGAUGCACUGAAUGUAAAGACGGUUAUACUGGAGAUCACUGCAAAGAGGUAUGUCACAAGUACUGUAGUACCUGUAUGAUCAAUGACGCUGCAUAUUGUGGAGCCUGCAGCACCGAGGGGACAGAGCCUCCGUACUGUUAUCCACCGGGAGAGUGUAACCCUGAGUUGGCCAGUUUUUGUGCAACGUGCACUGGGAACAGGUGUACCUCCUGUAAGGAAGGGAUGACUAGCACAUCACAUAAUUGCAAUGACGUUUGCUCCAACUGGUGCCUCAGCUGCAGCGACACUGAUCCCGAAGAAUGCACGGUCUGUCGUUACAGAGGGAUGCAUCUACCACACUGCUUGCCACCCUCUGCGCGAUUGAUACUGAUGAACACCCUUCGCGAUAUCUAUAAUAGUAACACCGACAUGGCGCUCAUCUACGGGCUCGCUCUGCUUACCGUGCCAAUAUUCACUAGCUAUCUCGCCAUCUUCUUGCUUGUGCGGCGUAGUGGUGUAUUAGAUGACAAGGAGUCCCAGUAA